ACCGACUGAGAGGGGGCGUGCUGCUGCAUGCUGGGGGAGCUGGGCAUGGAGGAGCAGGAGAUGCAGAUAAAGGUGAAGAAAGGAGUGACUGUAAUCUUUAUAUUCUGUUUAGUGACGGACAAGUUUACUGAGAGCAUGUAUGUCCUUGCCAAUGAGCCUUCGGUGGCCUUGUAUAGGCUACAGGAACAUGUCCGCAGGUCUCUUCCAGAACUAGCCCAGCAUAAGGCUGACAUGCAGAAUUGGGAAGAACAAAGUCAGGGCUCUAUAUACACUGUGGAGUACGCAUGCAGUGCAGUUAAAAGUAUGACCUUCAGCAGUGUACACUUCAAGAGCAUUGAUGGGCUCCUGAAACAAGCCAUCAACCUGAAACAUCAGCUAAACACUGUGCAGAGCCGCAGGUAGUGUGUCUAACCCGCAAUCUUCCUGCAUAGGCGCAAAGCCCUGAGCAAGAAAAGACGGUUAGAAGGAAAUUCUUCUACUUCCUGAUUUUAGUAAUGUAAUCAUUAUGUAACUGUAUGCCAUGGACUUAUGCUGUAAGGGAAAACUUUAUAAGAAUAUGUAAUGGUGACGUACAGUAUAUCUGGAGCAGGAUGUGUGGUUAUAGGAAAAAUCUUAUGGAGAUUGAAUAAUAUAAGUAGUUUAUAGAACGUAAUGAAGAGUUUGCAGAAGCACCUAUCUGCAUUAUGGAGAGGUGUAAUCUCAAUGCUAUAUCGGGAGUACAUCAAUCCUGUGCAGUCCUUGUACGCUGGACUUGCCGCACCUAUCCACAUCGCCAGAAGGGUCUGGAUUGUGAUAUUCUAGUUCCGUUCCUAUGUGAGAAAUGUGUAUUACACUGGUAUAAAGUCAUUCUCUCUGAAGUAUAACAUGAAAGAACCAGCUUUUUCAACUGCCUACUGUGCUAAUUAGUAAGUGGAGUGGAAUCUGCACACUCCCCAGCAAAUAAGAGCUGUUGUAUUUUUAUUAUGUUUACAAAAUAACAAAAAUUCUAACCCCACAUUUAUAACCAACAGAUACUGCCUGAUUGUAACAUAGUGAUAGCGAAGAACUGUGCAUACACUGUAAGCUUUGUGAGAGCACUGAACUUGCCUUUUAUGUGUGAUCUGUACAUCAGGCUUAUGAAACUACUUGACUAAAUUUGGUUGACAUGGAAUAGAGUAAUAUUUGUAUAAACACAAUCUGUAAAAUGUAUUGCUUCCCCCUUAUUCCUUGUUUUCCGUCUACUCCCAAAUAUCAACAAUAUGCUGCCUACUUAAUGUGUCACUUUUACAGAAAAGUACAGACCAGGCUCUGCUGCUGUUGUUGUGUGUUUUAUUCAGUUAUUUUAUUGGGUUUUCUUCUCUAUAUAACGUAUUUUUGAUUUUUUUUUUGUAUAUAGGUGUAUGUAUGUAUAUGUGUGUAUAUGUAUAUAAUAUAGAAAUA